ACACAGACAGUGCUGAAAAUAGCUGGAGACAGUCAACGUUUGAAGAGUCUCAAGAACUUUCUUAUAUGGAAUUGCUCAGGAUCAAAACAUAAGCCAUUUUCUUUCUUUAUUUUUCUAUUUGCAAGUCUUUGACCAUGAGGUGCAUGCAUCUGCUGAGUCUGGGUCUUCUGUUAGCACUGACAGAGAACACCCCGAUGCAAACAACCUGUGGGUAUGGAUAUAUAACACGAAAAGGAAAGUGUGAAGAGCUUAACUGUGACACUUUAUUAAGUGAGAACAAAGCAUCCCAGGCAUCACCAAAGCUUACAAAACUUGUCUCUUUGAUGACCAAGAUCUGUCUAGUACUGACUCAGAGUGAGUCUGUCCAUAAUAAUAUGCAAGUGGUUGGAAAAAAACGUUUGAAGGAGUUGCUGAGUGAGUUUAGAUGAUCUGCCUCAUGGUGGCUUCAGGGGUGAUAAUGACAUCAUCUCAGCAUUGCUUAGGAUUGUGGUAAUCAUACUAAAACUGAUCGGACAUUUGCUGUCAGCAAGCCGGAUCAGCGAAACAAGCGCUAAAGCAGAUGUGGAGCUGUUAGUAAAGAGGGGCAGUUCUCCACCUGUGGGUCAUUUCUUGAUAAAUAUCAGUGGAGCACAAUUGACCUCCUACUGGGACACAGCAAUACAAGAUACAUACCUUGGCUUUACGAGUGCAGUUCUCUUCAGCUACAAAGGUCUGGAGGAAUCACUCACCUGCUGUUUUAACCAUUUAGAGACAGAGCAAAAGCCACCUUUCAAGAUCAACUCAAAAGUUGUAACUGCCACUUUUAGUAACUAUGAAACCAAAACCAAUCUAAUGAAACCAGUAAAUCUCACGUUUUCUCACUUGAAGAGAAAGAAUGAGAAACAUAUCUGUGUGUUUUGGGAUCCUGAACUGGAAGGGGGCGCGUGGUCAACACGUGGCUGCAUUACAGUGAGAUCCAGGGCCGAUCAGACCGUGUGCUCCUGUUAUAAGCUCGGCAGUUUUGCUGUGCUGACGACUCUCUGUGACACUGGCGUCUGUAUGCUUAACCCUUUCACUGGUCUUCUGUUAUCACUGACAGAGAACACCCCGAAGCAAACAGCCUGUGGAUAUGGAUAUAGAAAAAAAAAAGGAAAGUGUGAAGAUGACAAUGAGUGUGAGUCUGAUCCACUCAUUUGUGGAAGAAAUGCAAAUUGCUUCAACACUGAUGGCAGCUUCUACUGUCAAUGUGAUGGAGGAUUCACACCAACUCAUAAUUUCACACAAGCACAUGCGUUUCAAUGCAAAGACAUCAAUGAAUGUGUGGAUGGCAGUGCUGUGUGUGGUUCUAAUGCACAAUGUGUAAAUUCUGAAGGAGGUUAUAAUUGCACCUGUGAAACUGGCUACAUUUCCAGCAACGGAAAAGACUUGUUUAAGUCAGGACAAGGAGUUCAGUGUAUUGAUGACAAUGAGUGUGAGUCUGAUCCACCCAUUUGUGGAGAAAAUGCAAUAUGCUUUAACACUGAUGGCAGCUACUACUGUCAAUGUGAUGGAGGAUUUACACCAACUCAUAAUUUCACACAAGCAGAUUCGAUUGAAUGCAAAGUCUAUGACAUUGGGGAUGUAUUCGAGCUGCGCCUGAUCACAUUGGUGGGACUGCCGUUGUCUCUGGUCUGCUUCCUCAUCUGCAUCGUCACAUUUUACUUUGUGCGAUCCAUCCAGAGCACACGCAACACCAUCCACCUGCACCUCUGCAUCAGCCUCUUCAUUGGCUACUUUGUCUUCCUUGUGGGCAUCACCCGCACAGAAAAUGAGGUGGGCUGUUCAGUCGUUGCAGGUAUUAUGCACUACUUCUUCCUGGCUUCCUUCUGCUGGAUGUGUCUGGAAGGAGUGCAGCUCUUCCGCAUGGUGGUGCUGGUCUUCAACACAACGCUGAGACCCAUCUAUAUGUUUGCUGCUGGUUAUGGAGUUCCUGCUGUUAUUGUUGCCAUUUCAGCUGCAGUGAAUGCAAACGGAUAUGGUACCGACAAACACUGUUGGCUCAACUUUAAUGAUGGCUCCAUCUGGAGCUUUUAUGGACCAGUUUGUGUCAUAAUUAUUGUUAACGUAUUCUUCUUCCUCGUAACAUUAUGGAAGCUGGCAGAAAAAUUUUCCUCCCUCAACCCAGACUUAGACAGUCUACACAAAAUCAAGGCAUUUCUGGUCACUGCGAUCGCUCAGCUGUGUAUCCUUGGCAUCAUGUGGGUGUUUGGCUGUUUUCAGUUUAAUGAAAACACUCUGGCAAUGUCAUACAUCUUCACUAUACUAAGCAGCCUGCAGGGGGUGCUGAUGUUUAUCAUGCACUGCUGGCUCUCAAAACAAGUGAGAGAGGAGUAUGCCAAAUUCUUCUCAUGUAUCUGUACACCACAGAAGAGGAAAUACACAGAGUUCAGCUCAAACCAAACAAGCAAAUCACAGGCCUCCAAGAGUGUUCAGCACACUGGUGAAUCCCAUAUUUAAGAGGCCAUGUCAACAGACCAUUGACUUUUUCAACUGUUUGCAAGAUGGACUGCCACAUUAUUUCUAUAUGCUUUCUAUGGAAAUUAUAUUAUGUUGCAUUUGGGUGAUACAUUCAUUCACCUUUCUUUAAUUUUAGGGAUCAUUUGUAAAGAAAUCUUUAUUUUUCAAAGACAUAUUAUAAUAGUGUCUCUUUGAUUGUUUCUCCGUUAUUAUUUAAGUUUUCAAAAAACAAUUUUUCCUCUAUAAUAUAUUUAUUUUUAAAAAAAGUUCAAAUUAAGAGGAUUCUACGAACAUUACCAUUCAAAAGUUUGGGGCCGGCAAGAUUUUUUGAUGUCAAAGCUGCAUUUAUUUGAUCAAAAAUAGAGUAAAAAAAAAAAGUAAUAUCUUGAAUUGUUAAAUCAUAUGAAUAUACAAAAGUUUAAAAUAUAUCUUCUAUUUCAUCUAUUUUACAUUAUUUUAGAAUUAUUUCCCUGAUGCAAAGCUGAAUUUUCAGCAUCAUUACUCGAGUCUUCAGUGUCACAUGAUCCUUCAGAAAUCACUCUAAUAUGCUGGUUUUGUGCUCAAAAAACAUUUCUUAGCAUUAUUAUUAGGGCUGGCAAACGAUUAAUCGCAAUUAAUCGCAUACAAAAUAAAAGUUUGAGUAUGCCUAUUAUAUGUGUGUGAUUAUUAUGUACAUAUAAAUACAAGCACAUAUUUAAGAAAUAUUUACAAGUAUACGUAUUUAUAGAAUUUAUAUUAUAUAUAUAAAUGCAUAUAUAAAAACAUAUUUCUCUUAAAUAUAUACAUAUUAUAAAUAUAACUUUUAUUUUGUAUGCGAUUAAUCGCGAUUAAUUGUUUGCCAGCCCUAAUUAUUAAUAGUUAUUUUUAAUAACGAUAACAACUGUGCUAUUUUUAGUUUUACUCUAUUUUUUCAGGACUCUUUAAUGAAUAGAAAGCUCAAAAGAACAGCAUUUAUUUGAAAAAAGAUAAUGUCUUUACUAAAAAAAAAAACAUGUACUCACCCCAGACUUUUCAAUAGCAGUGUAAUAUUCUCAAAGUCUUUUAUUUAUUAAUUUGUUUACUUCUUAUUUUAACAUUUUAUUUUUUACUUGUACACUGUAUCUUUGUUUAAAACAAAGAAUCACCAUUCCUAAACAGGCAGGUGAUUCAGGCUUUUCCUAGUAUUUUCAUAUAUACAAAAUACUCGAGAAUAUUAACUUGAAUGUAAAUUAAUGUAUAAAUGCUUUUGUUUACUUGCACCAUCAUAACACAUUAUUAUCUAUAACCUUGCUCAUGAUGUCUGUUGUGAAAAUUUAGUUAUAAUAGUUUUAAAUGUUACGUUUUGCACAUGAAUCCUUCCUUUUCUGCGCUUUGCCUUAUCUGCCUCCCACUAUUUAAUGCUUAUUUUAUUGUACAUUUUGAUAUUGCAGGUUUUUUUAUAUUAAAAUGUUUAUUUGGAUUCCC